UCCUAGUCCUAGAGAGAACAAUCAGUUUGUUUUCUUUAGGCUCCUUCCUCAUUCUUUCUUCUCUUCUCUAUUCAACAUUUCCCACCUCUUCUCCUCUCAUACCGUGUCUCACUGGUUAAAACCAAUUUUAAUUCACACCAUUUUUUCCCAUACAUAGAUUAGGGUUUCUUUUCCUCCGCGUACUCAAUUCUAAUGCCCAGAGAGAUGGGAGGAGGAAGCAACAACAAACGUAAGAGAGGCCGCAAACCCAAAAACCCCGCCCCCGAAACCCUAGACAUCCCCGCCACCACCACCACCGCCGCCGCCAACAACAACAACAGCAUGGACGACGUCUUCUCAAACGGCUCCGUCGACCUCAUCGACGACACCUCCUCCCCACACCUCCGCCGCCGCCGUGGCCGACCCCGGAAGACCCCUGCUAUACCCGAUAAGCCCCCCGGGCGCCGCCUCCCCCGUCACGUCGAUGGUAGUGCCGUCCCGGCUGAGGUUGGGGUUGCAACCAUCAUGGAACCGGACCCGGUGUUUGAGGGGGUGGCUGCGAGAGUGUUGCCGGCGAUGGACCCGGUGGUGAAGGUGUUCUGUGUGCAUACCGAGCCGAAUUUCUCGCUGCCGUGGCAGAGGAAGAGGCAGUACAGCUCCAGUAGCAGUGGGUUUGUGAUUGCUGGGAGGAGGGUUCUCACCAAUGCGCAUUCUGUAGAGCAUUACACUCAGGUUAAGCUAAAAAAGCGUGGCUCUGAUACCAAGUACUUGGCUACUGUUCUUGCCAUUGGAACAGAGUGUGACAUUGCCCUGCUUACAGUUGAUGAUGAUGAGUUCUGGCAAGGGAUGUCUCCUGUAGAGUUUGGGGAUUUGCCCACACUUCAAGAUGCAGUCACUGUUGUGGGCUACCCAAUUGGCGGAGACACCAUCUCUGUUACCAGCGGUGUUGUUUCACGCAUUGAGAUUCUAUCGUAUGUCCAUGGUUCCACUGAGCUUCUAGGUUUACAGAUAGAUGCUGCUAUAAAUUCUGGCAAUUCUGGUGGGCCUGCAUUUAAUGAUAAAGGAAACUGUGUGGGGAUUGCAUUUCAGUCACUUAAGCAUGAAGAUGUGGAGAAUAUAGGUUAUGUCAUUCCGACGCCAGUUAUCAUGCAUUUCAUCCGUGAUUAUGAGAAGAAUGGGAGUUAUACUGGUUUCCCUAUUCUUGGGGUUGAGUGGCAGAAAAUGGAAAAUCCUGAUCUACGAAAGUCAAUGGGCAUGAGAUCUGAUCAGAAAGGUGUGCGUAUUAGAAGAAUUGAUCCUACUGCUCCUGAAUCUAAGGUUUUGAAACCAUCAGAUGUUAUUCUUAGCUUUGAUGGGGUUAAUAUUGCCAAUGAUGGAACAGUUCCCUUUCGUCAUGGAGAGCGCAUUGGUUUCAGUUAUCUCAUAUCCCAGAAAUAUACUGGUGAUAAUGCAGUGAUCAAAGUAUUGCGGAAUUCUGAUGUUUUAACAUUUGACGUUAAACUCAAUAGCCAUAGAAGGCUUAUUCCAGCACACAGCAAGGGCAAGCCUCCCUCGUAUUAUAUUAUUGCAGGAUUUGUUUUUUCAGCUGUUUCAGUUCCUUAUCUUCGUUCGGAGUAUGGAAAAGAUUAUGAGUUUGAAGCUCCAGUCAAGCUUUUGGAUAAACUGCUGCAUUCAAUGCCACAAUCACCAGAUGAACAACUUGUUGUGAUCUCUCAGGUGCUGGUGGCUGAUAUCAACAUUGGAUAUGAAGAUAUUGUUAACACUCAGGUCCUCGCUUUCAAUGGUAAACCUGUGAAAAAUCUCAAAAGCUUGGCCGCUAUGGUAGAGAGCUGUCGUGAUGAAUAUCUAAAAUUUAAUCUAGAAUAUGAUCAGAUAGUGGUCCUUCGCACAAAGACUGCAAAAGCAGCUACUUUAGACAUUCUUGCAACACACUGCAUUCCAUCCGCAAUGUCUGAUGAUCUUAAGUCAUGACCUGGAUCUUAAUGUAGAUAGAUUCUACAGGUAGAUCGCUGUUUCAUGCAGUGUCCGGUCAAAGAAGUUGCAGCUGGGUAGGCUUGACUUGAGUUUUUUUGUUAGAUUAUGUCCUGACAUGGUAUUGGGAGUUAUGUAAUGUUUCUUUUUUGUGCUUUAACUUAUUGGGAACUGGUUAUUCCACAUUUUGAAAGGAAUGACAGAUAGCUAAGCAGGAUUCACACUUAUUUAUCUUCCGUUAUUGAAUUUUGGGGGCAAAUGAGCAAUGUAAAGAGUUUCCAUUACUUUCACCAAUGUGGUGGUAUCUUAUAUACUUGCCCAGAGCAAGGAAUACAAAACACAACUCUUAAGAAUUUCA